AUGUUGUUAUCCACUUCUUCCUCCGAGUCCCAAUCUUCCGGCCCUUCCAACUCAGCUCGCGUAUCACCGAUUUUUUCUGAUGCGGAUAUCCGUUUUUGCUUCAGCUUUUUCGAUUCCUUUCUCAAGGAAGUUUCAUUCAAGCUUCGCGUAAUUUCGGCAAUCCCACGUUUUACAGAGACUCCAGUUGGGGGUUCCUUUUCAGCACGUCCGAAGCCUUCGCCUUACCCAUCCAUUAACCAAGACCGAUCUCAAUAUGAAAAACGGCUUUACUCCUGGUUUUCCAUCCAAUGGGUACAAGCCUCCCCCAUGUACCCAUAUCAACUGUGUCACUGGCCACAGAAUAAACCGUGGUGGGAAGAGUCUGCAAUGGGGGCGGUUGAAUCCAUUUUCGAUCGAUCGAGCUGUAGGCCU